CGUCGCUAGCCAUGAGCAGCAGUGCAGCCGAUACUACUCCCUCUUCUCGGCUGAUUCUAGAUCAACCCAGACCAGCGGUCGGGCAUCGCGUCGAAGCAGUCGACCCUAAUGGACGUCGCUGUACCGUCGAGCAUUGCCCUAGAGAGCGGGCAGUUCAGCUCUGUCAUGUUCUGCCGAGAAGCACACAUGAAACCUUGUUGUCAAGCUUAGAGUGGUUUUGGCGCAUGAGGCAUCGAUCACUGAAUCUGGAUACAAGGUAUAACAUCUUCCCCCUCGGGGCAUCGCUUCACUUCCUCCACGAUCAUCAUCGCUGGGCCUUGUUGCCACCAGAUGAAAUAGUCAACCAGUAUGCAGCCACUCUGCGGCGUGGUCGCGUGGCGGUACGUGAAGAUUUCCCAGCAAUCGGGAAUGAUAUCUACACUUAUCGUUUUCUUCCUCUCCACUCGGACAUGAAGACAUUUGGAGUCACGCAGCAGACACAGCAUCCUCCGACCGCUGAUAGCUUCGCAAGCUUUGUUUACCCCUUCGACGGCCUCAUACUGCGGUCACAUAUCCAUCCCAAAUUUGCGAUCGUGGAGCUUGGCCGUAAGAUGGCGCGUCUCGGGCCCGAGGUCUGGGUCCCUCUUGUCACUCAAUGGCCCAUUCUCGAUACC